UCGUUCGCACCUCGCGCGCGCAGACGAGAUGGCGCCCAAGGACGCGGCCGUCGCCGUGGACGUAUCGUCCGCGGCGACCGCGGACGCCGCCGCCGCCGCCGCGCCCGCGAGCGAGGCGACGAUCGUCUUCGGCAAAGGAUGGGGCCAGGGCGUGCUCAAGGACGCGCGCAAUCGCAAGCCCCUGUACGUCGACGAUUGGAAGCGCGGCCUGAAGUUCCCGGCGAUAUUCGCCCCGGCGACGUACAUCUUCUUCGCGUCCGUCCUCCCCGCGCUGACGUUCGGCGAGCAGUUCCGCGACGAGACGGAAGAGCUCUUCUCCAUCCCGCACAUCCUCUGCGCGACCGCCAUCGCGGGCGUGAUUCAGUCCGUCUUCGGCGGCCAGCCGCUGCUCAUCGUCGGCGUCGCGGAGCCGAUCGUGCUCGUGUACUACUACAUGUUCAAGUACGCGGAGUCCACUGACGACCUCGGCGCGGAGAAGUUUCGGCCGUUCUGCGGCUGGGUGCUCAUCUUCACCGCGCUCAUGCACUUCGUCCUGGCGUUCGCCAACGCGUCGGAGUACAUUCACGCCUUCACGCGCUUCAGCGGCGAGACCUUCGGCACGCUCAUCGCGCUUUUGUUCCUUCAGGCUGCGGUGAAGGGCCUCGAGCACGAGUUCGACUACCCCGCCGACGCGCCCGUGGCGUACCGGACGGUGAACGGGCUAUGGUCGGUGUUUCUCGCGUUGACGCUCGUCCUGCUCGCGGUGUGGCUCAUGACCGCGCGGACCUGGCACGUCGGGAAGCGAUGGAUGCGCGAGCUCGUCGCGGACUACGGCGCCGCGAUCGCGGUCGUGAUCAUCACCGCGCUGUCGUACUGGGUCACCGAACCCGACGGCGUGUCGUGGGAGAUCCCGACGCGCAUCGCGUGCAAACAAAUCUACGACUCGGACGUCACGGGGACGUGGAGCACGACGUCGAAGCUCGGGGACGUCCCGAGCUCCCAAGUCGCGGUCGCGCUGAUUCCCGCGCUCAUCAUCACCGUGCUCUUCUUCUUCGAUCACAACGUCUCGUCGCAGCUCGCGCAGGUUGACGAUUUCGGGCUCGAGAAGCCGUGCGCGUAUCACUACGACUUUUUACUCCAAGGCUUGAACACGCUCCUCCUCGGGUUACUCGGCCUCCCUCCCACGAACGGCGUCCUCCCGCAGGCGCCGAUGCACACGCGGUCGCUCAUGGGCGUCGGCACGAACCGAAAGCGAGAGCCGGAGAAGGCGACGAUCGUCCUCGAGCAGCGCGUCUCGAAUUUGAUUCAGUCGCUGCUUGUCGGCGUGUGCAUGUUCGCGUCGCCGUUAAUCAAGCUCAUGCCCCGCGCGGUGCUUUGGGGGUACUUCAUCUUCAUGGCGAUCGAAUCGUUCCCGGGGAACCAGUUCAUUCACCGGCUGACGCUCGUGUUCAUGGAUCUCAAGUCGCUGAGGAAGGGCGAGACGCUUCCCGCGUACGUCGAGCUCGUUCCGCGGUCGGACACGAUGAAGUUCACGCUCAUGCAGUUCCUCGCGCUCGGGUGCGUCUACGCCGUGACGUGGGCGGGCGUGUACGGGAUCGCGUUCCCCAUCCUCAUCAUGGCGCUCGUGCCGCUGAGGCAGUACGUGAUACCGAAGCUGUUCCCCGCGAGCAGUCUGCGAUAUCUGGACACCGCGGAGGACGUCGAGGAGGAGAUCGAGGCGGACAGAGAGGACGCGGAGACGACCGGGUCGCCGCAUCCGGAGUUUGGCGCCUUCGUGCAGCAGAAGCACGUGAUUCCGGAGGGUGGCGGCGGCGGCGGCGGCGGUCUCUUCGGGAAGAGGAACAACAAGGCGUGAGCGCGCGAGCCCGAUGACGAGCGCGAAAGCGCGCUUCAGGGACGCGCCUCGACGACCAUCGACGAAAAGUAAUCAAAGAUUCAAUGCAUUGUAUACGU